CCAGCUCAGCGAUCCGGGGCGGACGCGCGGAACGUGUGGUCACGUGGCGGCGGCGCGCGUAGCUAAAUACGCGGCGCCGGCCAUUUUGUGCGAGAAGCCGCAGCGCCGCCUUCCUGCUCGCGCCCUAUCGCCGCCUCCGAGUCUUCCUGCGCCCCGGGCUUCCGCCGCUUCAUUGAUUUCCGUUUCUCGCCGCUGCAGCCUCCUGACACGGUGAUCCGGGCGGGCCCCGCAGGAAUUUUAUCCCCUCACCGGCCUCACACUAGUGUCGCAUGUCCACUAUCCAGAACCUCCAAUCUUUCGACCCCUUUGCUGAUGCAACUAAGGGCGACGACUUACUCCCGGCAGGGACUGAGGACUACAUUCAUAUAAGAAUCCAGCAGCGGAACGGCAGGAAGACGCUGACCACUGUGCAGGGCAUUGCGGACGAUUAUGACAAAAAGAAACUUGUGAAAGCUUUCAAAAAGAAAUUCGCCUGUAAUGGGACUGUGAUUGAACACCCUGAGUACGGAGAGGUCAUUCAGCUUCAAGGCGACCAAAGGAAGAACAUUUGCCAGUUUCUUUUGGAGGUUGGCAUCGUCAAGGAGGAGCAGCUGAAGGUUCACGGAUUCUAAGAUGAACCCGAACAUGUGGCGAGUUUCUUAAAUGGUUUUGUUGUCUAACUCAGUUUGGCUGCCUCGGGAGAUGAUUCUUUACAGUAAACGACAGACUUUGCGUUUAUUUAAUCAUUCAGACUUCCACUCACGCCUGCAUGGCUACAGAAAACAUGGGGUAUGUAGGCUCCUAAGUCACAAGGAAAUCGCCGUGAGGUGGGGACGAAGCCCGAGUCCAUCCUGACAUGUUUCCAGUGGAAAAGAUUUUGUUCUGAGCGUUCAUUUCUAGUUUAUUUUCACUUGAUUGUUAAAUGUUUUUGUUGUUGUUGUAUUAAACCAUGUAUGUUGCAGCUUAACAAUAAAGGAGGAAAGUCUGUGCGUCCUUUGAA